AUGUUUAAUUCAAAAAAUUAAGUCUAAAACGGAAAGGUUUAAUACCAGAAUAAAUCAUAAAAAUAAAAAAAGCGAGAUUAGUAGCAAGACAAAAGCACAACAAUCAAAUUUGAAAACCUCUAAGAAUGUAUUAGCAACUAUGAAAAAGUGUAAGAAGAGUAGGAAUUAAAGUAAGACAUUGUAGGAAAUAUGAUAUUUGAUCAAGAUGACUAGAGCUACUAUCAUGAAGAGAGUUUAAAAUAUUUAAGGCUAGCAAAAGAAUAAGAAGAUAGAUAGAAAAAAAGGGAUUAUAAUAAGAAAUAUGUUAUUGAGAAAAAAAAUAUACCUUCUCAAAAAAUUGGAUAAAAGCUAGAAGCCAACUAAGAAAUGAAAAAACAUUAAAAAGAACAAAUUACUGAGAAAUAGUAGUUUUUUGAAAAUAGAAAAGAAUAAUUUCAAAAAAAUGAAAGGCUAUUAUCAAAAUUAGAAGAAUCUUUUUACAAUAAUAAUAGUAAUUUUAAUACUCUAUGGGAAGAUUCUGAAAAUAAUUUAAAGGCUCAAGUAGACAUGAUAUCUGAAAAAAUUUUGAAGCCAAUUUAAGUAAACUUGAGUGAAAAAGAAAUUAGCAUCACCUUGUGCAACUAAAAUCAACUUAUAAUUGGGCGUUCAGGUACUGGUAAAACAACAACAGCAGUUGUAAAGCUAACUUCUAUGCAAAUGGGCUAUGAGAAGGCAUAGUAAAGUAAUUAAGAUUCAUAAGAAUCAGAAGAGCUUAGAAUUUGCUUUACAACAAUAUCUAAUUUCCUAACUCUAGAUGUAGAAAACUUUUUUCUAAGGAUAAUGAACUAACCUUAGCGCAGAGCCUUCUCAAAGCCAAAUAUGCUUUGUUAAAUUAGGAAAUGGCCUCAUUUUACAAAUUUAAAAGAAUUAAUUCUAUAAAUAGACGGAAAUUUAGCGGUACCAUUUAUAUAGAGAGACGACACUGGAAAAAUAAUUUAGGCAUAAAACAUGGAGAUUAAUUUAGAAAAUCGUUUAAUUGUGAAAUUGAAAGAUGAGAUAAAUAAUAAUUUAUAUUCAGAAAUUGGUAUUAGAUAGUUUGUUGAAGAGUUUUGGUAAUCUAAUAAAAAAAGUUUUGAUUAACGAAAAAUAGAUCCUUAUGUAGCUUUUUCUUAAAUCAACUCUUACAUUACAGGAAAUUAGGCAAGCUAUUAAAAUGAGGACAACAUGAUACCUGAAGAGAAGUACUUAAACUUAGUAGGAAAAAACAAAACCGACUUAGACUAAGAAUAAAAAAUGGGCAUAUAUCAAAUCUGCAAAGAGUAUUAAAAAUGGAAGUAUUCAAAAAAAUAUUUCGAUUUAAAUGAUGUCAUAAAUUACAUUAUUAAAAAUAUUCUUGAAGGUAAUUAUAAUUCAGAAAAUGGAUAUUUUCAUUACUUGUUCGUUGAUGAAGUUCAAGAUCUCAAUUGCGCCUGCUUGUAUUUGCUCUGUUUAUUGACUGAAUAAAACGUUUACCUUGGCGGAGAUACAGCAUAAACUAUAAGUUAAGAGAAUUCCUUUAAAUUUGCUGAUUUAAAGGCCAUAUUUUCUGAGAAUAAUAAGGAUGAUCAUUAUUAAGCAAACUAAGUUUUAACUUCAGAAUUAAAUGAAACUUAAUUAAUACAAAAUUUUAGAUCACAUGGAUAGAUAAUAGAGUUAAACAAUGCGAUUGUGGAGCUUUUGAGGAUAUUUUUCCCUACAUCUUUGGAUAUUCUUAACCCCGAAAUUUCAUUUAAUAAGGGCCCAAAACCAAUUUUACUAGAUAAAAGAGAGCAUCUAUAUAAUUUUUUAUCAUAAGAUUCUGAUAUAAAUGAAAAUGUUGAUUAUUUUGGUAGACUAUAAGUUUAUAUAGUGAAGAACUAAGAAGAAAAAGCUAGCUUAAAGUAAUUAUUGCAAAAAGAAGGUAAAAAAGGAUAGAUAUUCACUGUUCUUGAAUCGAAAGGGUUAGAAUUUUAGGAUGUAAUAGUUUAUAAACUAUUAUCUUCUUCCUUCAAUUCUACCAAAUGUUGGAAUGCCUUAAAUUUAUUGAAAAUAAGUGAUGAUAAAAUACCUAUUGAAGAUUUUAAAUUGAAAUAUCAUUGCUAAAUGAAAGAGGAAUUUGAAGGUUCAACAUUUAGUAGAACUAAAGGAUCUAAUUUUGUCAAUAUGAAAAUCAUUUCUAAAUAAGAGAAUACUGAUGCCUAAAUCAAGAAAGAAUACGCUUAAGAUUUUAGCAAACUAAUAAAUGAGUUAAAAAAUAUCUAUGUCACAUUUAGUAGAGCAAGAUCCAGAAUAUUUAUAUAUGAAGAAAAUAUUUUUGUUGGAAAGUAAAUCAAAAAUCCAAUAAUUAAAUUCUUAGAAGAUCUAAGAAUUAUAGAAGUAGAAGAAUUAAAUGAAGAAUUAAUAGAAAAAAUAAUGAAAAAACAUUUGGAUUACAUAAAAAAACACGAGCCAAUAAAAAACAAUAAAUAAUAAUUCAUUUCUAUGGCUGAGAUGCUUAAAGAAAGAAAACAAUUCUUAGAUGCUGCUUAUUAUUAUGAUACAGUAGGAGACGAAUUAAAUAAAAGAAUCUGCAUUGGAAAGAAUAAAAUUUUUGAAGUUUAAAAAAAAAUUGAAGAUAAAAAGGAAUAAUUUGAAAAGGAAAAAAAACAAAUGCUUGAAGGAUAAGUAGAAAUCAAAAACUUAGUUUUUUAUUAAAGCAUAAAAAAUGAUCUUCUUGAAGCUAUUGAAAAUUUAAAGGGGUCAUAAGAAUUCGAACUAAAAGCUUAAGUUUAUUUUAAACUCGGAAUGUACAAUGAAGCGCUCUAAAAUUACAAAGAGUUUAAAAAUGUGUUAUUGGAUCCUUCUAAUUUGAAUUAAGAUCACAGCAAAAUCAAAGAAGUCGAUCGUAAUAUCAAACACAUUUAUUUCCUAAAGGCAAACCUUCUAGAAUAAUACAUCAAUAAUUAAAAUGCUUUGGAAUAGAAUUACAAAGAGCUUGAGAACUUUUUAGAAAAAGAUGGAAUUUAAGAUACAAAAGUUCAACUUUAUUUAUCAUUUAGACUAAAUGAUUACGAAAAGCUAUUUAAUAACUUAAUUAAAUUCAAAGAAAAUAAUCUUAUAGAAAAGGAAGACCUAAUUCACAUAUUGCAUUAUUAUUACCCUAAAAUAUUAGAUAUUAAGCUGCAGUAGAUUAUGCAAAUAGAUACAGAUGGAAAAUAACAAAAGGUGUUAAAUAACUCUAAAACAAUUUUAGGAAAAGUAUUAAUUGAAUUAAUUCAGUAAUUAAUUAUUCCUUUUAAGUAAGAGUUUAUCAGAAUAGCUAAAAGUAGAUAAAACAUGGAAUUCUUUUAGGAAUAAUUGAAGUUUUUUAAUUAGUUGUCAAAUACUUAUUAACUCAAAUAAUUAGAUGAAUAAUAAUAAUACAUCAAUGGUGAGAAUCUUAUGUUAUUCUAUUUAAUGUUAAUUUAAUUCGAUUGCUUAGAGUAAUAGAAGAAAUUUAAUGACAUAUUGUAGAUUAUCCAUAAAAAAUUUAAAAUAAAUUCGAUGAAAUGA